CCGUGCGAGACGCCGGCCAAUUUCACGCUCCGGGGAGCUGCACCAGAGGUCUCAGUGCAACGAAACGUUUCAGAUUCAAGAGUCAUCAGCGUUUGCAAACGCUGCCGGAGAGCGAAGCAAUCCCACACACCAGAAGCGAUAUAAAAAGCGCAGAAGCGAUCAAAACAUGCAAGACAGAGCCGUCAAAGAGGGCUUCCAGCCUUUGAAGAAGGCGUCAACCAUGCCGACGUCGCCGCGCGCGCCGCCCGCGCCGCCAUCGGUGGAUGAAUUACGAAUUGGAGACCUGGCGGACCUGCGCGCGCAAGACCUGAGCAAGCUCUACACCUUCGCCGAAGACAGAGAAGAGAUCUACAUAUCUCGGCUGCGAGAAGCGGUCGCGAUCAAAGGCGUGAGCGCAUGGGUCGAGAACAGACCCAAGAUCGUCGAGAUGCUCGAGUGGGCCAAGGCCUGGGCCGAGCGCCUUGGCGCCGCGGAGGCGCGCUUCGUCGAGAACCCGAAGAAGGGAGAGGACGCGACGCUGCCGCCUCUACUACUGAUAACGUUCGCGGCGGAGACGAACCUGCCGCACGACAAAGUGCGGACUGUGUGUGCCUACGGCCAUUUGGACGUCCAACCGGCGAAAAAAGACGAUGGCUGGGACACGGAGCCAUUUGAAUUGACUGAGACGAAGGACGGCCGCCUCGUGGGCCGCGGCGCGAGCGACGACAAGGGCCCCGCGCUCAGUUGGCUGUGGGUCGUGGAAGCGCACCGCAAGCUCAACAUGAAGCUCCCGGUCCGCCUCAAAUUACUAUACGAGGGCAUGGAGGAGUUCGGGAGCGAGGGCCUGCCCGAGUUCGUCGCAAGGGAGGCCGUGCCGCCGCAACCUAGGUUCAACGACGCGAAGCGCGAGAUCACGCUGGACUUCAAGAACGCGGGCUGGCUGUCCGACGUGGACCACUUCGUCAUUUCGGACAACCAGUGGCUGGCCAAGAAGACGCCGUGCCUGACCUACGGUCUUCGCGGCGUGGCGUACUUCGAAGUCAUCGUGUCGGGGCCGGCGCAGGACCUGCACUCUGGUGUUUAUGGCGGUUCCGUCCAUGAGCCGCUGAACGACCUGAUCCACUUGUUGGCUUCAUUAAGACACGCGCCGGCGCUCGGCGGCAUGCACCACGAGCGAAUCCGCGUGCCUGGUUUAUUGGACGACGUGCCCCCGGUCACGGACGAGGAGCGAGCAAAGUACGCGACGCUCGACUUCGACGUGGAGCAGUACAACCGCGAAGACGUGACCGGCGCGCAACUGGAAAAUGCGACGAACGAGAAGACGCUGAUGGCGCGCUGGCGCUUUCCCACGCUGUCGAUUCAUGGCAUCGAGGGCGCGUUCAGCGACCCGGGCGCGAAGACGGUGCUGCCGCGACGCGUCUCGGGCAAGUUUUCCAUCCGCCAAGUGCCGAACAUGACGUCGGCACGGACCGAAGCGCUUGUGACGAGCUAUCUUGAAUCGCAGUGGGCGGCGCUGGGGUCCAAGUAUGCCCUCGAGGUCAAGAUGGUCCACGGCGGGCCGGCGUGGGUGUCCCGCACCGAUCAUCCCAAUUACGUCGCGCGCGGUGUCAUCGAGGCGUCGCGGCGAUGGCGUUACGCUCGAUUUACACACAGGUUGCCGCGUCGCGCGCAGUGACGAAGGUCUUCGGCAAGCCGCCCGACCUGACGCGCGAGGGUGGGAGUAUACCUGUAGCAAACUGGCUCGCCGACGCCACUGGCAUGAAUGUGUUGCUCCUGCCGACGAGUGCGUCGAACGACGGCGCCCACGCGCAGAAUGAGAAGUGGGACAAAGUAAACGUCACGAACGCGGUGAAAGUCCUAGGUACGUAUCUCCACGAGAUUUCGAAGUUGGUCGGGCCGCGGCCCGCACUCUGCAAAUGCGCGCCGCCCACUGCUGAAGAUCUCGCGAAGCCUGGGUUCUUUGCCUUCGCGAAGGGAUUCCGUUGCAAGUGCGAGCUUUAA